AUGGCAACAAAACUCGAAACACCAAACACAGACAUUGAAUGGGCCGCAUUCAUCUCCACCAUCAAAGACGAUCUCCCCGACACCCACACAGUCUACCACACCCCUCUCCCCCAUGCCGUAGCCCACACAAUCGACCACACCCAACUCUCCCCCUCAGCAACAAGCAGCGACAUAGACAACCUAUGCAGUGAAGCCCGCGAACACAAAUUUGCGACCGUCUGCGUCCCGCACAAUCUAGCAGAUAUCAAAAAUGAAGUCGGCAUAGCCUGCGUCGUGGGAUUUCACGAGGGGACGUAUCCAACCGCCGAAAAAGUGGAAGAAGCCACCAAAGCUGUGGCAGAAGGUGCUACGGAACUGGAUAUGGUUCUCAAUUGGCCAUUACUGAAACAGGGGAAGUAUACGGAUGUAUACAACGAUAUCCUUGCUGUGCGUCGCGCUGCACCAGCUCCGAAGACGAAGUUGAAAGUGAUACUGGAAACAUCCCAACUCUCUCGCGAUGAGAUCAUUGCGGGUAGCGCGAUAAGUGAUAUGGCCGGCGCAAACUACGUCAAGACAUCGACGGGGUUUAAUGGUACCGGCGCUACUAUUGAGAAUGUGCGACUCAUGAGGGAAGUAGUGGAUAUGUUGGCGAACGGAUGUAAAGUGAAAGCUUCCGGAGGUGUGAGGUCAGCCGAAGAAGCGGUUGAGAUGCUCAAAGCUGGUGCUGAUAGGAUUGGGGCUAGUGCUGGGGUGAAGAUUGUGAGGGAGUUGACCGGGAAUGCAUUGAGACCGAAUGUGUCGACGCCGAUUGGAGGGGAGUACUGA